CUUGUGACCACUUUAUCGUUGUUUCUUUUAUCACUUCGUCUUUCAGUUCCCAUUCAAGGAGUAGGUCGUACAUUUUCGAUAUAAUUUUUUAAUUUGACUGCAACAAUUCGCUUUGCAGUUUAGAAGUUUUUGGUUCAAAACCUGUUGUUGUUUUUUUAAUCUUGGUUAAUUAAGUUUUUUGGGGGGUCAAUUUCCUCCUGCUGCUUCUGUCACCUUGCCUCCCGCUGGGCUGGUCCUGCCGGGUCACGCCCCUUACGCCCCUGUCUCGGCCAAUCAGCGUGAGGUAAGGGGGAGGGGAGGGGCGAGCUCUGGCGCUCGCGAGAGUGUUGGCCGCCUGCGCCAAUCCAGAUGAGCUAUUGUGAAAGGAGGCGGGGAGAAGACAAUAGGUUGUGAAGGGGGGGUGGAAUGCGGGUAGAGACAGGGCGGGGUUUAGUGGUGAAUGGUCCAGCCCACUGGGCGGGGCAAGGCAGAGCUGGGAGGAGCCUCUGGCUUGACUGUUUUCGCUGUGUCCAGCCAAAUACCCAAAGCAGGACCCAAGCUCCCAAUAGAUUUAGGAAUGAGGACUGGAAUUUGAAUAGAAACACAACCCAUCACUCCACAUUAAGGAGGACUGAGAACUAAUACAAGGUUGUUACUUAUAAGGACCAGCACUCUCUGCCCAGCCCAGAGGAGCAGGCGGGAGCCAUCAAUGUUUGUUCUGACAGCAUAGAGGCUGCUGGAGAUUCAAAGCAGGUAGGGUGUGGUUUGAGUUCGGAUUCUGAGGUUCCCAGCACUUCUGGUAGGGCAAUUGUAGUGGCUUGGAAGGGCAGGAGGUAAACACCAAUACAGUCAAGUGGUGAUACAAUUGAAUGAGUGGCUUAUCCAGUCAUUAAAAAAAAAAAUAUUUUUCUUAGGUUGCUUUUGGUUCAGUAUUUAUCUUGUAAGUUAUCUGUUUGCAUGCGUUUCCAGGUGAACAAGGAGGAGUACCCCUGCAGGCCAGGGACCCCACAGCAACCCUCCCUCGCCAAUCAAAGCAUGGAAGUGCAAAAAAAAGAAGAAACCUCUUUGAUGGUCAGAUGAGCAGGACCAGCACUCUCUGCCCAGCCUAGAGAAGGAGGCAGGAGCCAUCAAUGUUUGCUCUGACAGCAUGGAGGCUGCUAGAGAUGCGAAACAGUUCCCCAAAAUGGAUGUUGGUGACUCUGAGGUUGUGUGCAGGAGGACCCCAAAUGGGAAGAAUUCCCUUGCCCCCCCCGAGAGACGCCGUCCAGGACAGCCCCCUGAGCUUAGACUACGAAGCCUAUGAGAGCAACACCUUGGGGGACUUCAGAGAUCUCAAGGAGUUCCCCAAAAUGGAUAUCGGCAACUCUGAGGUUGUGUGCAGGAGGACCCCAAAUGGGAAGAAUCUCCUCGCACCCCAGAGAGACGCCGGCCCAGACAGCCCUCUGAGCUUAGACUACGAAGCCUACGAGAGCGACACCUUGGGGGACUCUGGACACCUCAAGGGGGUGGACAGGAAGAUUACCCCACCUGCAGAUGGGCAGGGACCUCAUGGCAGCCCUCCACCACCGCCACCAGUGGCCAAUAUGAGCAAGAAGCGUACUCAGAAGAGGAAGCACCAAGGAUGCUCAGAGAAGGAGAAGACCGCAGUAGCGGAACUGAAGUCACAGCUGCAGAACCAGCUCUCUCUGCCCAGCCUAGAGAAGGAGGCGGAAGCUGUCAAUGUUUGUUCUUACAGCGUGGAGGCUGCUAGAGAUGCGAAACAGGUGGACAGGAAGAUUACCCCACCUGCAGAUGGGCAGGGACCUCACGGCAGCCCUCCACCACCGCCACCAGUGGCCAAUAUGAGCAAGAAGCGUACUCAGAAGAGGAAGCACCAAGGAUGCUCAGAGAAGGAGAAGACCGCAGUAGCGGAACUGAAGUCACAGCUGCAGAACCAGCUCUCUCUGCCCAGCCUAGAGAAGGAGGCGGAAGCUGUCAAUGUUUGUUCUUACAGCGUGGAGGCUGCUAGAGAUGCGAAACAGAUCGGGCUAGAGACGGAAAGCGGAAUAAAGAGUCCCCAGCGGGAGUCAUCUGCUCGGAGCCGCACCUCAGUCAAGGAGACUCCCGGCACUCCAUCAGAGCCCCACACGACCCCUCACACCUCAGUCUCUGUUCCCUCGUCUCCUAGGUCUGGAAGGUCUUCAGGAAAGCACCGCCCCAUCGGCAUUGGUGCAACCCAGCCAGCAGUGGGGCGCAAGUGGGGAGCAGGCCUCUGGCCAGGUGGCUGAGACGGUGGAUUAGCCAGCACCGCAGUUGUGUCCACCCACAGCCAAUGUGUCCCCGGCAUGUCGUGCUUCCAGGAGGAACUGGCCGGCCUGUAUAUCAAAAAAGGAGAUAUCAGCAGCAGCAGCACCACCCAGGAACCUGCAGAAAGAAGUUGUGAUGCACGAUCGGGUCACACAUGGGUUUUCAUUGUUUAAUGUAGAAAUUACCCUAUUGGCCCGAGUAUAAGACACACUUUCCCCCCAAAUUCUGCCCGGGAAAAGUUAAAAGUGUGGCUUAUAUUUGCGACCUUACAAAAAUUGGCCUUGCCUUCCAAGCCCAGAAUGGAGAGCGCCCUAUCACCCCGCCCAGGAUGCUGCCACAAGGGUGUGCGGGACAAUGGCACCCCUCCCGACUGCGGCUCUCAAGCCGCUGAAAGAAGCGGGAGGGUAGCCGGCCAAUAUUGGCCAAUACAAUACAGCCUUUUAAAAAACAGAGGAGGGGCUGCAUGCUUCAAAGAUGGUGCCUUUACUGAGGUGCAACUCCGAGCAGAUGACCUCCACUGCGGACUCUUUUUCCAGCUUUGUCUCUAUAUCUAAUUUUUUAAUUAAGUUUUUGAAAAAAAUUAUAUAUAUGAAACAAAACCAUUUCAAACAUUAAAAUACAGAGGGGGUGAGCUGUGCCCCCUUGCCCCUUCUUUUCGGCAGCUUGGGAGCUGCGGAUGGGAUGGGGUCAUAGCUGUUUGUUGGUAACAAAUGCCUUUUAAAAAACAGAGGAGGAGCUGCAUGCUUCAAAGACAGUGCCUGGAAUCAGAGGCCUUUUAGGCCAGGUGUGAUUUCCUUGAACUGCAGUGGGAAUGUGCCCAGUUUAGGGUGCCACACCUUAAAGGAGGAUAGGGACAAACUGGAACAGGUGGGGAACAGUCUAGGUUGGGAGUGGACAUGCUUAGCCUGGCCGGGGUAAAAGAUGCCCCGCUUGCGGGCAGAAGUUCUCCACCCUCCCCAUCCCCAAAGUUAAUAUAAGGCUGCCAGGGUGCCCAGUUGGUGGUGCCCCUAGACAGGGCCUCUUUGGCGGUGGCUUCCUGUUUGUGAGCCGCCCUCACUAACGAGGUGCAUCCAUCUCCCUCGCUAUUAGUUUCCAGGAGAGAUUUAAAAGCAUCCUUGUUUAAACCAGGCAUUUGGUAGCGUAAAGCCCUGUCCUUGGCACGACCCCCUUGUGCCUGGGCUGCUCCUGCUCCGCGCCCCUUGCUUCCUCUUCUGGAGACAGUUCCUGCUUAGGUUGGCCACUGGUGCCAGAGGGCUGCCAUAGGGUCCCUGCCCAUCUGUGGGAGGGAUACUCUUCCUGUGCAUCUGGAAACACAUGCAAACAGACAACUUACAAAAUAAAUACUGAACCAACAGCAAUCUAAGAGAAAUAUCUUUUUUUUAAAAAAAACACUCAUUCAAUUGUAUCACCACUAGACUGUAUUUUUGUUUACUUCCUGCCCUUCCAAGCCACUACUAUGAGCCCUGCUGGGCACCUCCCUGAAUCCGAACUCUCUUUGUCCUGGAGGCACCCAGAGAGCUAGUGGCAGGGGAACUAGAGCAGGGGAACUCGAGUCUCCAGGUAGAGCAAGUCGAGCCAGAAGAACUCUCCUGCGCAUCAAAGCUCAUUGCAUUUCAUGCCUCACGCUCUUUCCUGCCCCGUGAUUGGCCUGUGCUCACCCGACAGCUCCUUGACCGGUGUCUUGGCCAGAGGAGGAGCCAUCAAGGAAAAGCAGGCCAGAGACUGCAGCGCCAGAGACUGCUCCAAGCAAGCAACUUGCUCCUGGAAGGACUGAGGCCCUUUCAGCGCUGCUUCUGGUCCACCCAGCUGUCAAACAGCUGCAGACUUGUAAGGAGUAACCCUUGGGGAUUUUUGUAGCCACAACUCACUGAAACUCCCAAGCCAAAAAGAAGGGGGGGACACCUGUUGAUUGCUUUUAGGAAAAGAUAGGUUGGAAUAUAAACAAUUUGGUUCAGAAACAGGCCUCCCAGCUCCUCCUUGAAACGGGACAUGCCAGAGUCACGUUGGUGGCCGUCUUGGGUCACCACCAACUGGGCACCCUGGCAGCCUUGUGUUAACCUUGUAGAUGUAUAGAUUGGGGGGGGUUGCAUGGGUGGAGGACUUCUGCCCGCAAGUGGGGCAUCUUUUACCCCGGCCAGGCUAAACAUGUCCACUCCCUUCCAACCUAGACUGUUCCCCACCUCUUCCAGUUUGUCCCUAUCCUCCUUUAAAGUGUGGGACCCUAAACUGGGCACAUUCCCACUGAUCUUCAAGGGAAUCACACCUGGCCUAACAGGCCUCUCACUCCAGGCACCGUCUUCGAAGCAUGCAGCCCCUCCUCUGUUUUUUAAAAGGUGUUUGUUACCCAAACUGAAAUUUCUGUAUUAAACAAUUGAUAAGGAAAAAUCCUGGGGUGUGGAUUUACUCCUCUGCCCAGCUCGUCGGGGUACCACUCCCCGCGGGUCCCUCUGGUCAGCAAAAGAAUUUUGGAGAUUAUUUGAUUUUGUAUUGGAUAGUCAGAGGAAACCAUACAGUACAUGGUAUCCGCUUAUUGCUACUUUUCUGAACCUCUUUGCUGUUGUGUAUGUGUGGUGCCUGUGUCAGUGGUCAUUGUCCUGGCCUUAGUUUGAGUCUGUGGUGGGGACUUGGGAUUUUUGCCCCAUUCCUGGUUUUAACACCAUGAAACCAAAUGUGUGACGGAUCGCUGUCCUGGGUGGUGAUGCUGCUGCUGCUUAUAUCUAGCCCUAACCCCAAUUGCUUUUAGGAGUUGUUAUCUGGUUUUAGAAUAAUUUUAAUAUGGUGGCUUUUGUUUGUUCUGAAGUUUCAAUUAUAUUGUAUAUGGUGUUCUUUUCUUUCCCCCCCUUCCUUUUCCUUUCCCCCUUUUUCACAUCAUAUUUUACCCUGUACACUUACAGUUAUAUACACAUUGCUUUUUAUCUUCAGUAAAGAAUAUAUAUAUAUAAUAGAUUGAACAAUAACAAUCUGGUAAUGUUUAUACAUUCUGUUUCCGGCGGGUUUUUAUUUUGGUAUUGUAUUUGAAUGUUAUUUUUCUUUUCUUACCCCCCCUUUUCACAUCUUUUUUUACCGUGUGCACUUACAAUUACGUACACAUUAUUUUCAUCUUCCAAUAAAGUAUAUAAAAGAAAAAAGAAAUACAUUGAUAAGAAAUAAAUAAUGACCUAUAUCUCAACAGAGCCAUUUGCUCUCUCCAGGGAGAGGUGAGAUCCUGCACUUUUUGCAAACUGAUAAAUC